AUGACCCCUGCCCCUCUCAACCAAGAAUCUUCGCUCGAGCCAGAUGGAAAAGACCAAAGUCUACAAGAACGCUUCAUCAAAUUCAUUCUGCCAACGAUCUUUCCUAUCCUCGACUUCAACCGACGCCGCCAAGCCAGCUCGGAGCUGAUCCUCCCUAGCCUUGAAUCAAACGGUGCCUUUCUCCACUGCUGCCUCUGCGUCGCUGCCCAGAGCCUCAAGUCACAUACCAAUGGCUCAAACUCUACCGAAGAGAUCGACAAAGAAAUCAUGCGACAUCGCUAUGCCAGCAUCGAAGCUCUUCGCGCUCUCAAGAAGGAUGAGAAACACCAACAAACUCUGGAGACAACACUCGGCCUCACCUUCUCCCAGUCUAUCGUUGGCCACUAUGACGAUGACCUUCCCGAUGCCUCUUGGGACCUGCAUUUUCAAGCCGCGAUGAGUUUAGUACAGAAGCUUAAACUUCCCAGCAUCGUCUCUGAUCCUGCCAAGGUAUCGAUGCAAACUCCUUUCAUCAUGUCACUCUCGUCAUGGAUUGACAUUCUCGGUGCCACCAUGAAGGGUCGCUCACCAAAAUUUGCUUCCACUUACCGUGAGAAGAUUCUUUCUCCGCUCAACCCUAGUCUCGGCCUGCGCGAGCUGAUGGGCUGUGAUGAUCGGGUCAUGCAUAUCAUUUCCGAGAUCGCCUGUCUCGAGUCUUUCAAGAAGGUUGGCAUGAUGGACUUCGCGCUCUGCCAGCAUGUCCUUGCCCUUGAAGAACAGAUUAAAUUGACCGAGAUGAGUGAUGCAGGCUCCAAAAUGCCCUUUGAUGCUAAUGAUGGCCUUAUACCUGAGCAGCUUACCAAGAACAUAACCAUAGCCUUCCGUAUUGCUGCACGUGUCUUUCUCUACAGCCUGGUUCCUGGGUUCAACCCCAGAGAGCCAUGCCACAUAGACUUGGUCAAAAAGCUGACUACGGUGCUUCAGCGUAUUCCCUCGGGCCCUCAUGGAUUUGACCGCAACCUUACUUGGGUCUAUCUCAUUGGCGGCUCCAUCAGCGUUCCUGAUAGCCCAUUCCGACCUUUCUUUGAGGACCGCUUGGCUCGACUGGGCGACUCGGCUAAAAUUGGCAACAUAGGACGUGCAGCUGUCCUCCUAGUCGAGGUGUGGGCUCAGAAUGACAGACUCCCGGUCGAGAGCACGUCGUACAUCCACUGGCGAGAUGUCAUGGAAUCGAAAAAGUGGGACUUUUUAUUGCUUUGA